AAAAAGAAACGGCGACGCUGCUUUUCCAACACCGCUUCGUGUUCGCGUCCGUAGUGGGAAUACCUACACUCGGUCAGCGACAAAGCAGCACAUUUGAACGCGGGUCUGCGCAGGUGAGCUUCUUCUCGACAAGCCCCGAGCUGAGCAACAAGAAACGCUUCGAGUAUUUUCUGCGCACGGUGCCUUCGGACGAGAGCCAGGUGAAAGCCAUCGUCGGCAUCGUCACGCUGCUCAAGUGGACGUACGUGUCCAUCCUCUACGAGGAAUCCACCUACGGAAAUUCGGCGUUCGACGUGCUGGAGAAGGAGCUGACCGACCAUAACGUCUGCAUCGCCACCAAGGAGAAAUUGACCAAGGACUCGGGCGUGGCUUCCGAACGCACGUACGACGGAAUCAUCGGGAGACUACUCGGCAAACCGCGAGCUCGAGGCGUGAUCAUCUUCGGCUCGGACCAGGAGGUGGCGGGCGUGAUGCGCGCCGUGCGGCGGAACAACGCCACGGCUCACUUCGCCUGGAUCGGCAGCGACGGCUGGAGCGCCAGGGAGCUUGUUUCCCACGGGAACGAGCCCCAGGUCGAAGGCACCCUGUCCGUGCAACCCACGGCGAACGCGGUCAACGGCUUCGACGAGUACUUCCGCGGGCUCACGCCGUUCGCCAACUACCGAAACCCGUGGUUCAUCGAGUUCUGGGAGCACUUCUUCCGGUGCAAAUGGAACGGCAGCCUCGUGACGCCGUUCAACCAGCACCACCAGAGAAGCUGCACGGGCGAGGAGCGCAUCAGCGACAACAAGGCCUACAAGCUCGAGGCGCAGCUGCAGUUCGUCAGCAACGCCGUGCUCGCGUUCGCGUACGCGCUGCGCCGGAUGCACGAGGAAAUAUGCGGAAACAUCACCGGCCUCUGCGACAGCAUGCGGCCCGUCAACGGCACCGACCUGCUCUCCUACCUGAAGAACGUCACAUUCCAAGGCCUGAGCGACGACCACUUCCGGUUCUCCGACAGCGGGGACGGUCCGGCGCGCUACAACAUCCUGCACUUCAAGCAAGUUGAGCGCGGCAAGUACCGCUGGGUGCCCGUGGGCAAGUACGUGGAUGGCAGGCUGGACUUGCAGCUAGCCGAGCUGCAGUUCCGGCUGGGCUCGAGCGAGCUGCCGCGUUCGGUGUGCAGCGAUCCGUGCCCACGCGGCUCUGCGCAGAAGAUGGUGGACAACGAGCAGUGUUGCUGGCACUGCGUGCGCUGCUCGGGCUACACGUUCGCCGCCGAGAACGGCGUGUGCGCCGACUGCGCGCCCGGCACGCUGCCGGACGUGCACCACGAGCGCUGCGUGCCGGUGCCGGAGUCGCACAUGAGCCCCUCGUCGCUGCUGGCCGUGGCCACGCUGGUGCUCGCGGCCCUGGGCACCGUCUUCACGGCAGUCACGCUUUUCAUAUUCCUCAAGCACAUCGACACGCCCGUGGUGCGCGCCUCCGGCCGCGAGCUGUGCUUCGUGCUCCUGGGCGGCAUCUGCAUGUGCCAGGGCACGGCGCUGCUGCUCGUGCAGCGGCCCAGCACGGUGAUGUGCGGCGCGCAGCGCGCCGCGCUGGGCCUCUGCUUCUCCGUCGUGUACUCGGCGGUGCUGGCCAAGGCGGUGCGCAUCCACCGAAUCUUCCACGCGGGUCGCCGGUCGGCUCAACGGCCCGGCUGCAUAUCGCCGCGCUCGCAGUUGGCGCUGUGCGGCGCCCUGGUGUCGGUGCAGGGCCUGGUGGCCACCGUGUGGCUCGCGCUGAACCCGCCGCGCGCCGUCCACCACCACCCGACGCGCGAGGACAACCUGCUCGUGUGCCUGGCGUCGGUGAACCUGAUCGGGUACACGCUGUCGCUCAUCUACCCCUUCAUGCUGGUCAUCGUGUGCACCUGCUACGCGGUGCUGACGCGCAAGAUCCCGGAGGCGUUCAACGAGUCCAAGUACAUCGGCUUCGCCAUGUACGCCACGUGCGUCAUCUGGCUGGCUUUCUUGCCCAUCUACCUGACCACCUGGCACCACGUACUCCUCAACCUCACCACCAUGGCGAUGGCCGUCUCUCUGAGCGGCACCGUCACCCUCAUCUGCUUCUUCUUCCCCAAGCUGUACAUCAUCGUGUUCCACCCGGAGAAGAACGUGCGCCAGUCCAUGAUGGCCAAAUACGGCACGCUCAAGAACCGCGUCGAGUCGGCCACGCAGUCUGACGUUGACUACGAGAUGAGCGACAAGCAGCGUUCUGCCUGUUCGUUGGUCUCGACAAGUAGCCGAGCCAGCAUUGCCACGCAGACCGACGACAACAACUUCUACGAUAUGGACGUCCAGCUUUGACCCACCUAUGACGUUCUGGCCAUAGCCGUCCAGCAGUAGCAGCAGUUGGCGGCCGGCCACCAAAAGUGGGACACGUGCCAACCACAGUGCGCGCGGUGCAAACUCAGCACGCGCGGGAUGCCUCGGCGCAGAUGUCGCUGUUGCCGCCGUCAGCGAAAGCCGGGACCAGCGGACGGCACGCCGCGACAACACACACCACACACACACAGACACAUACAGGAAGCAGAACGCAAAGCCCAGUGCGGAUCGCAAUAACCCUGCUCCUGCUGGGACCACAAAAGAAAAGAGGGGCGCCCUUCAGCCACCAACACGAUGACAACAUGCCGGUGACGAUGCUCUGUGAUCACACUGCCGCGCAGAUAUGUAGCAUGUCUCUAUUUCUACACGAUCAAUCUCCUUCGCUCUCUCUCUCUGUCUUCUACAUGCAUAAUAUAAAUAUUCAUAUACCGCAAAUUAUAUAUAUAUAUAUAUACACAUAUAUAUGUAUAUUAUACAUAUACAUGGACACAAGAAUAUACAAGUGGCACUCAUCAUAUCGUCUCCUCAGUUGUUGGUGCAUUUAUACAUGCGAAAUAAAAGCCUACUGUUUAUGUUUUCACAA